AGAAACAACAAUCCGUGCCUCUGGAAUUAAGAUGAGCACUUCUGCUAAACGGCUGUCCUCCACUUAGCGCCGCAUUUCUCUGCUCAAUAUCUGUUUCAUGACUCCUACACACGAAGAAGGAUGACUACUACUACCUUACCGCUGGUGAUUCUGUGCGCGUUGGCGAUGUCAGUGCUGGCAUCCAAGACUGAGCGGGCCUUGAAUGUUGACUGUGACUCUGGCAAGUUCACCGACAGUGGGGAAUGCUGCAUAGACUGUCCACCUGGAGAGGGAAUGGUGAAGGAAUGUGGCGCCACUCAGACUCUCUGUGCUCAGUGUUUGGACAGUGAGACUUACUCAGAGAACUACAGCCUCACAGAGAGGUGCAUGCCAUGCACUCAGUGUACCGGCCUGAUGCGGAUGGAUACGCCCUGCACCGACUCCAAUGAUGCCAAAUGUGUCUGCAACUACAACUUCUACUUCAACAGUGUCACUGAACAAUGUGAGCCGUGCACUGUGUGCCCGUUGGGACAGGGCGUUUACUCUCACUGUGAGCCUUACCACGACACAGUGUGUGAGGAGUGUGUGGAUGAAACCUUUUCUGACCGGGAAAGCUACCUGGAACCCUGUUUACCCUGCACCAUAUGUGAGGAAGACAUUGAGAUUAAGCUGGCUGAGUGCACGCCCACCAGUGACUCCAUCUGCCACAAUCCAAACCUUCCUACAUACCUUUCUACCACAAAUGAUCUGUUAACAUCGUCCUUCCCUGAUUACCCCUUCCCGGGUGCCUCCAACAGCCCUUUGCCAAGUGGAGAGACAACCAAUUCUAGCGGCGGUGCUCCUCACUUUCUUGGCCGCGGCCUCAACGAAAAGCUCAUUCCUAUUUACUGCUCUAUCCUGGCUGCUAUGUUGGUUGGCCUGGUGGCGUUCAUUGUGUUUAAGAGCUGGAAUAGUUGCAAGCAAAACAAGCAAGCAGCUAAUAACCGCGCCGCUACAAACAACCAGAUGGUAACACCGGAGGGAGAGAAGCUGCACAGCGACAGCGGCAUCUCAGUAGACACUCAGAGUCUGCAGGAGCAACAGCAGCAGCACGCACAGGCUGAAGCCCAGCCUCUGCCAUCACGCUCACAUACACAAGAGCAAAUUGUGGUGAGGGUGGAUGGAAGCCCCAAGCCUGACUCGCCUCCACCCAAAGUCUGAAGAAGAUGAAGAAGAGAUGGCAGGGUCCAGAAACAGAAGGAAGGGGGUGCCACGCAGAGAAUGUAAAAACAGACGUUGAUUCAUAAUUCAAGUGGCCACAGAAAAACUUACACAGACCUUCCAAUAUGCUUGGGGCAACUGUUUGAGACUCUUCAUCCCUGCAUGUUGAGUCAAACUGUCAUAUAUCGUGCCUGGACACAACAGCUAUGGCAAUAUCAAACACAAGAACCAGUAUAAUGACAUGCAACAUAGUUAUUAGGAGCUGCCAGUUUAACGCAUACUACCCUUUUAACUUUUCAGUUUUACUUUUAAGUCCGUGUUCAGCUGCCAUGUAACGUUUGUAUUAUUUUAUUUCUCUUUACUUUGAGUACAGUUUUUCCCCUCCUGUAUUUGUCUGUGGCAUCCCACUGACAGUCCUUCUCCAUAGGAUUAACUCUGUUUGACACACAUUGACAUCAGCAAUACAAAAAGUGGCAGGGGUGCCAUGAGUCAUUCCCAGUUUCUCCUGAAAUCUCUUCCUACUGUAUCAUUCAAUGACCAAUUUUUAAAUGAAAUGUUUGUUUCAUUGUUUGAGAAUGGCUAUGAGGACUCGUCCAGGCGAGUCAUGUUUUGAUGAGACUUCACUUAUUUAGCCUGCACAAUAAUUAACUCGUUUUCUUGAAUAAUUAGACAUCUCUUCAUGUGUAGACAAGCUCCCUCUCUAGCAGUGCCUCCAGGGAUUGUAUUUCAGCAACUUCAUGUUCAUAACGUUGGUAUCAUGUUUGUGGUACUUUCAUUUCGUGGCUUCAGUUACAUAUCUUAAUCAGCAGGCUGCCUUCACUUUUGCUCUAUGAAGCCUGGAUGUGCAACAUGAGAGGAACAUCUCUGGACUGUGGAGCUGACUCACCAAGAUGAGUCGUCUGAAGAGAAACGGGGGGGAAGCCUUUAGCGAAGCCAAAAAAACAAAAAAGAAUCAUGACUGCUAAUUAAACUGCUUAAAUGAGCUUGGGACUGGAAAAUAAAUUCUGCAAGAGAAAUCCCAUCCACAAAAGCCAAAAAUUGGGGCACCCCUCAGAGGAAGCCGGGACUUCCACCCUCAUAUGUUUACUCCUUCAGGAAGGCAUACAGCCUCUGCUUUGUUGCAAAGCAACAACACAUGGCUUACCUAGGAGGCAGGUAGUAAUUACCUCAGGGUUUUAGCUUCAUUUACUCUCUACGCGCUAUGCGAUUCUUGCUGAA